AUGUCCAGCAAUUCUUCGCAGCCUAGCAAGCCUCCCAAGAUCAGCCAAGAAGCCUUCCAGGUUUCAGCUGGCUUUCUCCUUGGCAUAGCAGUGAUGGUAGCAGGAGGCCGUAUAUUGGCUCGUUUCUACAAAUCACACGGUGUCACCGUUGACGAUGGCUUCUUUUUCCUCGCGAUUACCACUUUUAUCUCUGGGACUAUUGUGCUUUACUUAGGUUUACCUUACAUCUAUUUGCAGGAGAAUGUAGAGGCUGGCCUACGCGCUACCCCGGCAGACCUUGUUUCCCAACUCAUUCAUAGCGAGAAAUUACAAGAUACGGCCACGACGUUGUUGGGAACUACGAUCAUUAGUGUGAAGGUUUCCUUUUUGUUCUUUUUCCGGGACCUCUUGAGACAACAGAAGAAAAUGUUAGUUUGGUGGUGGUGUAUUCUUGUCUUCCUCAUCCCUACCGCGCCCAUCCUUAUGUUCUCCAAUCUCAUCUCUUGUUCAUACUUCGAUGAAAGAAUUGUCGAGUGCGUGACUCCCGUGGCUCUUGCUAGGCAGAACGGGACUCUCAGAGCAACAGCGACCUUGGACAUUGUCUCGGAUGCCUUACUCAUAUCCAUCCCGGUGAUACUACUCUGGAAUGUCAAUAUAAACCUCCGUCGGAAGCUGGCACUUUGGGGGAUCCUAUGCCUCAGUAUCUUCACGGCCAUCACGGCGGUAAUCAAAGUCGCUGGAGGAAACAUCAGCCAUGACCAAGUUGACUCCGCGUGGGCGAUAUUUUGGCUUCAAGCUGAAGCCGCUGUCGCAAUCAUCGUGGUCUCUAUCACUGCAUUCCGCGCACUUUUCGUUGCCCACCGAACAUCGAAACAGCAAUCGCCGGCUCAUCAUGCCUCUACCUCCCGAUCUAUCUGGAGCAAAAUUGUGAGACGCGAUGACGAUCUGCCCGCGGCCCUGGCACCAACGUUCACUGGCGCUCGGACGUAUAUACGUUAUUCUCCGUAUGGCUCGGGUAGCUUCAAAGGAUCUCGAGAUAUGGAAUUGCCAUUGCAGGGACCAGGGAUUCGUGUCACGCAUGAUAUCUCAUCGGACAAGAUAAGUUGCACUAGAAUGUAG